AUGGCCGAUCCGUACGGCGACGGCAAGGGCCCAUCACUCAAGAGCCAGAGCCAGAACCAGCAGCCGCGCCCCGGCCCCCGCCUCAAGCCCGCCAUCGAGAUGGAGGACCUCAUCAACCUCCUCCACGGAUCCGAUCCAGUCCGGGUCGAGCUCACCCGCCUCGAGAACGAGCUGCAGUUCAAGGAGAAGGAGCUGGGCGAUGCGCAGGCGGAGAUCAAGGCUCUCCGCCUGUCGGACCGCGCGCGCGAGAAGGCCGUACAGGAUCUUACCGAAGAAUUGGCAAAGGUGGAUGAGAAGCUGAAGCUCACAGAGUCUCUCCUCGAAAGCAAAAACCUCGAAGCAAAGAAGAUCAACGACGAAAAAAAAGCAGCACUUGCCGCACAGUUUGCAGCUGAGGCAACACUACGAAGGGUUCAUGCGGCACAGAAGGAUGAUGACAUGCCUCCUAUUGAGGCCAUUCUCGCACCACUGGAAGCUGAGCUGAAACUUGCUCGUCAAGAGAUUGCAAAAUUACAAGAUGACAACAGGGCAUUGGAUCGUCUUACAAAGUCUAAGGAAGCAGCUCUACUUGAAGCGGAAAGGACGGUUCAGAUGGCACUGGCAAAAGCUUCUUUGGUGGAUGAUCUGCAAAACAAAAACCAAGAAUUGAUGAAACAGAUUGAGAUAUGCCAGGAAGAGAACAAAAUCUUGGAUAGAAUGCACCGCCAGAAAGUUGCUGAGGUUGAAAAGCUCACUCAGACUGUCAGAGAGCUAGAAGAAUCUGUUCUUGCUGGUGGUGCAGCUGCAAAUGCUGUCAGAGACUAUCAGCGGAAAGUUCAGGAGAUGAAUGAGGAAAUGAAAACUCUUGAUCGUGAGCUAGCUCGUGCAAAGGUUUCAGCAAAUAGGGUUGCAGUUGUUGUGGCAAAUGAGUGGAAAGACGGCAAUGAUAAAGUAAUGCCUGUUAAACAAUGGCUCGAGGAACGAAGGAUUCUGCAAGGAGAAAUGCAGCAACUCCGGGACAAACUUGCUAUUGCAGAAAGGGCUGCAAGAUCAGAAGCUCAACUGAAAGAGAAGUUCCAGCUACGACUUAAGGUACUCGAGGAAGGAUUGAGAAUGUCUACAUCGCGAACCAAUGUCAGUGCUACACGCCGCCAGUCUAUUGGUGGUGCUGAUGGUCUGUCUAAGGCCAAUGGCUUCCUGUCGAAACGCCCAUCGUUCCAGAUGAGAUCAUCAGUGUCUACCACAACAACUCUAGUUAACCAUGCAAAAGGGGCAUCCAAGUCGUUUGAUGGAGGCUGUAGAUCACUUGAACGCUAUAAGGGCCUUGUAAAUGGGAAUGGUAUGAAUGUAUCUACCGAUUCCAGUGAAGAUAAGGAGUCAAACAACUCAGAUGAGAAGUGUAAUGAGUUUGCGUCUGCUGAGUCGGAGGACUCGGUGUCAGGUGUUCUAUAUGAUAUGCUGCAGAAGGAGGUCAUUGCUCUAAGGAAGGCAUGCCAUGAAAAGGAUCAAAGCCUGAAAGACAAGGACGACGCUGUUGAGAUGUUGGCAAAGAAAGUAGAUACUUUGACAAAAGCUAUGGAGUCAGAUGCCAAGAAAUCGAGGCGUGAGUUAGCUGCUAUGGAGAAGGAGUUGGCAGCUGUGCGCAUGGAGAAAGAGCAGGAUAGCAGAGCGAAACGCUUUGGUAGUUCAAGUGGUUCUGGCAGCAGUUCGCAGCUCCCACCUGGCAGGUUUGGUGAGGCGUUGCUUCUUUUUCUUCUUUGA